AGUUGUCACGUGUUGUAAAUAGGCGCUGCAGCUGAGGUGGCCGGUAGAGACACGGCAAAGAAGCUGCAAUAUUCUGUAAUUGCGAUGACUGAGCCCCUUCUUAGCGAGUCUAUCAACGCAAAGUAUGCAGCACCGCACCAACAAGAUUAUCAUUCAAGUGUAUCGACGCCGGAUGGCAACAAUUCGGAUUCAGCGCCUCUUCUGGAAAGCCACCCGGGUCGGACUUCUUCAGGGGCGUCUUUUGGUUCCUCUGUGUUUAAUCUGAUGAAUGCCAUUAUGGGAAGUGGAAUUCUGGGGCUGGCCUAUGCCAUGGCAUGCACAGGCAUUCUGGGAUUUUGUUUUUUACUCCUUAUAGUUGCAAGUCUUGCUUCUUACUCCAUUCAUCUACUCCUCAAAAUGUGCGACCAAACUGGCAUCACAUCAUAUGAAGAUCUUGGACUUCGUGCUUUUGGAAAACUAGGAAAGGCUACUGUUGCUGCUACCAUACUGAUUCAGAAUAUUGGAGCAAUGUCGUCAUACCUCUUUAUCAUUAAAUCUGAACUCCCCGUGGCUAUCAGUGGCUUCCUUGCUGAUCACCAAAGCAGGUCCCAGUGGUAUCUCGACGGACAAAUCUUGCUUGUUAUUACAGCUGUAUGUAUUGUUUUGCCUCUUGCCUUGCUGACAAAAAUAGGUUUUCUUGGUUAUACAAGUGGCUUAUCAUUCCUGUUCAUGUUGUAUUUCACUGUUGUGAUUGUUGUAAAGAAAUGGGCUAUUCCUUGUCCUUUGCCCCAGAAUGGCAGCAUGAGCAAUGAUCAGUUCUCUAAUUUAAGUGAAUGUGAACCCAGACUUCUCACCAUUUCCUUUCAGAGUGCAUUUGCAAUCCCUACUAUGGCUUUCUCAUUCUUGUGUCAUACGUCAGUCCUGCCAAUUUAUUGUGAGCUUCGAAGACCUUCAAAAAGCAGAAUGCAAAAUGUUGUCAACACUGGAAUCACCUUAAGCUUUAUAAUCUACCUCCUCUCUGCUUUGUUUGGAUACCUCACAUUCUUUGACAAAGUGGACUCUGAACUUCUUCAAAGUUACAAGAAAUACCUCCCACAAGAUUUGGUUAUCAUGACAGUGAGAAUUAGCAUUCUGCUGGCUGUGCUGUUGACGGUUCCUCUUAUACACUUCCCAGCAAGGAAAGCUGUCAUGAUGCUGCUUUUCCAUAGUCGACCAUUUUCUUGGAUUACUCACAUUCUCGUCACUGUGGCUCUGGUGACAACUGUUGUUCUGCUGGCUGCAUAUGUGCCAAACAUCAGGAAUGUAUUUGGGGUAAUUGGUGCCACCACAUCAACAUGCUUACUGUUUGUAUAUCCUGGACUUUUCUACAUCAAAAUUAACAGUGAGAAUUUCACGUCACUUCAGAAAUUAUCGGCUCUCACCCUGCUGGUAUUUGGCAUUUGCGUCGGAGUGCUCAGUUUAUCACUGAUUGUUUCAAACUGGGUUGUACAUCAAUAGCCUUGUGCCGACCAUUGAAAGGUCUAUGCAGGCGGCCAAGGCUGCCAUUAUCAAAUAGCUUUUCUGAGUUAAUGUUUAGCAAUUACAAAUGUGACUCUACUUAUGCAAACCAAUGGUGCCAAAUAUCAAGAAAAUGGUGCUUCUUGUGUCACACUGUUUUCUUGUCUUGUACAGAUGCACUUUUUACUUUUGUAAUCUAAGAAAGUACUGGAUCAACUGAACCCAACUGUCCUCUCACUGUCACAUUAUGACCUUGCACUGCUAAAAUCACAUGAGUGAUUCAGAGAAACAGAUCAACCAUAAAAUAAAAAAAAGAUGAGUCCUUCUUACUCCGGGAUCACUUGAAACAAUAUCUGGUACUGCCAUGUUGGCUUAGUUUCACCAUCUCUGGAGCUUUGGUAAUGGAUCAUGUAUGCAAAUAUGAACACCUUUUGUUUAGUUUUCAAAGGGGUCCGUGCCUUGUCUUUUGUAGUUUUAGGUCUUUAUUUGGCUGGGAGAGAAGCUUACCUGUAGCAUUGGUGCACAGAUUUCCAAAGUCAUUAGGCUCACUGAAGACACUGCCUUUGAUUGAGCUUGAUCAUCUGUCGACUUCCUGGAGGGGCUGCCUAAUAUCAGCACAAUUAGCUUUUGAUUCCUUUUUGAGGUUUCCAAUAAGUGGAAACCUUUAGGUUUACUUUAAUAAAUGAUUGUAGUCUUAUUUUUUAUGCAUACAAAAUUCAUGGAGUGAACAUUUGUCUUUAGAAAUGUUAUAUUGUAUUAUUUUAAUUACAUUUAGAAUAUUUGAAUUGUGCUAACCAUGGUAUAUUUUGUAUUCUUUGAAUAAUAUAAUUUAAGACUAUGUUUUCUCCAACAAACUUGAAGAAAUGCACAUUUUCAUGUGUUUAAGGGAAACGGAAGACUAGGUUUUCAAUGGCUGCUACAUAUUAAGAUGCUACGGUUAUGUCUGUUUCAUGUACCGGCUAAAUGUGAGAUUUCCUGAACUACCCUCAGUGACUUUCAUUUUGUAGCAAGGCAGGUGUUGAUGAUGUGUGGUUCACCUGCUGGUCAAGACACGAUACUGCAACCGUUUGGUAAAUGGGCAGUUUACAGUCUACUUUUGAAGUA